UGUGUGCGCAUGUGUUGGAGCAUAGUCCAAGUAGCUGCGAAACAUUUUUCCUAUAAAUAUUUGUAAAUGUGGUCCAAAUUGCACGAUUGAAGAUUAUUAUUAUUAACACACAUCAAUGGCGAGCAAGAAAGCUCAAGAAAUGGCGGAUCUAGCUUCUCAAAUCUGCAAUCAAAUCUCCUCUGUCUUCGCCACCACAACCUCUCCAUAUCCACCACCACUCGACCUCCUCGUAACAGAGCUCGCCGCAAUCUCCCGCAACAGCAACUCUCGUGUCUUCCUCUACGGAGUAGGACGAGAAGGUCUCAUGCUAAAAGCCUUCGCGAUGCGUCUUUCUCACCUCGGUCUCUCCGCUCACGUAGUCUUUGACAUGACCACACCACCAAUCUCAUCAUCCGAUCUCCUCAUCGCUUCAGCUGGUCCUGGAGGAUUCUCAACCGUCGAUGCGAUUUGUUCUGUAGCUAAAUCGAACGGUGCUAAGGUUCUACUCCUCACUGCUCAGCCGGAGACAGGUUCUUGUCUAAAACAUGCCACGGAUGUGUGUUACGUACCUGCUCAAACUAUGGCGAGUGAUAACGGUGGUGGUGAUGCGGGGGAGAUAGGUGAGAAACGUUUGUUGCCGAUGGGGAGUGUAUAUGAAGGAGCUUUGUUUGUGUUGUUUGAGAUGGUUGUUUACAAGUUAGUUGAUGUUUUGGGUGAGACUCCUGAGUCGGUACGUGCUCGUCACACUAAUCUUGAGUGACGUAUGAAUUUUAUUAGCACGCUGUGUUGUUUUGUAUGUUUAGGAUCUUGAUUUUACCUAAAUUUUUAAUAAUCUAAAAUAAUUUAUCCUCCAUUGUGUGAUGGUUA